GUUCGCCCAGUGGCUGCUCGGUGGGAGCCACUAGUGGAGACCUCUUUUGGGCCCCCUUUCCUUCGUGGGGUGCUAUGGAGUUCCCAGAACACAGUCAGCAGCUGCUGCAGAGCCUCCGGGAGCAGCGGUCCCAGGGUUUCCUUUGUGACUGCACCGUGAUGGUGGGUAGCACCCAGUUCUUGGCCCAUCGGGCUGUGCUGGCCUCCUGCAGCCCAUUCUUCCAGCUUUUCUACAAGGAGCGGGAAUUGGACAAGAAGGAUCUGGUGUGUAUUCACAAUGAGAUUGUCACGGCCCCAGCCUUCGGGCUGCUUCUGGACUUUAUGUAUGCUGGCCAGCUGGCCCUUAGGGAGGAUACCCCUGUGGAGGAUGUGCUGGCCGCUGCCAGCUACUUACACAUGAAUGACAUCGUCAAGGUGUGUAAGCGGCGGCUGCAAGCCCGGGCCCUGGCAGAGGCGGACAGUACCAAGAAGGAGGAAGAAACCAAUUCACAGCCCCCUAGUUUGGAGUUUUUGUCCAACACUUCCCGUGGCCCCCAGUCUUCAUUGGCAUCCACUGAGACAUCGGGCCAUUGGGGCAAAGGGGAAUGGAAAGGUCUGGCUGCUCCCUCACCUACUGUCCGUCCUCCAGAUGAGCCACCAGUGUCCGGUGGGGCUGACACUACACAGCCUGGCAUGGAGGUUGACUCACCACAUCUACGGGCUCCUCCCCCACCAGUGACUGAUGUCUCUCUUGCCAGCCCCAGUAGCUCCACAGAGACCAUUCCUGCAAACUACUUUUCUUCUGGCCUCCCAACAGUUUCGUUAGAGCCCCUGACUCCUCUUGACGUGGGUCCUGAGAGUCUGAGGGUGGUGGAACCGAGGGAUCCUGGAGGACCACUGCAAGGCUUCUAUUCCCCAGCUUCAGCUCCAGCCCCAGCCCCGGUUUCAGUCUCAGCCCCAGCUGAGGCUGAGCUGGUCCAGGUGAAAGUAGAAGCUAUUGUGAUCUCUGAUGAGGAGACUGAUGUGUCAGAUGAACAGCCUCAGGGUCCUGAGGGACUGUUCCCACCUGGGAGAGCAGUGUAUGGGGGACAACCCACCCAGCCAGAGGCUUUUGAGGAGUCAGGGGCAGCAGGACUGGAGGAGGUGGGGCCAAGUGACCACUUCCUGCCUCCAGACCCUCAUCUACCCUACCAUCUACUGCCAGGUCCAGGGCAGUAUCAUCGAGGACUGGUGACCUCGCCCCUGCCUGCACCCCCAACCCUGCAUGAGCCACUUUAUCUGCCUUCUGAGUAUGAAGCAGCCCCAGGAAGCUUUGGGGUUUUUACUGAGGAUGUUCCCACCUGCAAGACAUGUGGGAAGACCUUCUCAUGCUCUUACACACUACGGCGACACGCCACAGUGCACACACGUGAGCGACCCUAUGAGUGCCGCUACUGCCUGCGCAGCUACACACAGUCAGGGGACCUCUACCGCCACAUCCGCAAGGCUCACAAUGAGGACCUGGCCAAACGCAGCAAACCAGAUCCAGAGGCUGGCCACCUUUUAGGGGUGCAGCCCCACCCUGGCUCCCCAACAGCAGACAGACAGAGCAGCAGCGGCGGAGGACCACCUAAAGAUUUUGUACUUGGGCCCAAAAGCUAACUUCUAGGGGAGCAUGAGCUGAUGCUAGACCUGCUCUUGCCAUCCUUAGAUGGCAGCACAGAAGGUUGGAGGCAUCGCAUCAAUCUUUCUGGGCAACAGAAUGAAGGUUUUGCCCAGGGCAAAGAUUCCCACCCUUUUCUUUGCCCAGCCAGAUAAGCAGGACUUUAUGGGACAUAGCAUAUCAAUUAGCUCUCUCCAAGGGUAUUGGGAAUUUUCCUGAGGUGUAAUUGCUUCUUGCUCCGCAUUCUGGAAUAUAAAGCUAGCAGUGAACCUAUCUCUUUGAACUGGUGUUGGCUGGUUUCUUCCAAAAACCUGCAUGCCUUCAUACCUAUCCUGUUCUUUUAGGAAUCUGACAUCUGUAUUUGGGGUAGGGGUGGGGGUCAGAUUGCUUAUGAGGAAAAAGUGACAUAGGCAGAGGGCAACGUAGCCUUUACUUAGGAAAAGUAUACAAAUUAGGGAAUCUUAAACAAUUAUGGUUUAUUAUUGUAGUUGAGCUCCCGUGUUCUGGGAUGUAUUGGGUACUUCAUAUACUCAUUUAACUCUCAACAACUUUAUGAGGAAAAAGUGACAUAGGCAGAGGGCAACGUAGCCUUUACUUAGGAAAAGUA